AUGGACAACGACAGUGGCACGUCCAAUAUAAAAUCGCCGGUGUUCAACAUGGAGUCGGAGUGGUUCGAAUUAGAUACAAACGCUGCCGAAACACGUUCUUCCUGCGUUGAUAACUGUUGCCUGGACGAUAUAUUUAAUUCAGCUGGUUCCGAUGUGUCCGAAGACGAGUCUCCCGAAUUCCAUCAGAACGACCAGGGAUUUGAAACGACGGAACUUAACUAUAAAACUAUGACUUGUUUAAUAGACGUCAAAGGUAUCGUGAAAAGUUGUGUACCUAUAGAAGAAAAGGAAUUUGACACCGAAAAAAUAGAAGAUUUGGCUACCGAUAUUGAUACAAUUGAAAAUCGUUUGCGAUCGUUUUUAGGUGAUCAUUUUUAUUACCAUGACUUCGAUACCAGAGAUCAAAUCCUAUGCACAAUUGAUUUAAUAAAGAAAGAUAUAUCAAAAUUGGAUGAUUAUUGGAAUGGUCACUACCUGGUGAUCGAGGAGUUAAACAGACAAAUCAAUGAGUUGAACCAUUCAAAUACUCGUUUGUGUCAUAUGAACCAAGAAGUUGCAGAUCUGUAUUCUAUUUAUGUUGACACUAAAUUCAGGCAAGUGUACCUAUAUAGUAUAAGACACCAAAGGUUUUUCUUUUAA